UGAUGGCGGUGACAAUAUCUGAAAUCUAGGUCAAUAAACCACUCAUUAAUCUAAAAUUUUAGAUAAGAUAUUGAAUGAAAAGAACAAUAAUGAAAUAUGUUUAUAUACAAAUAGAUUUGAAAAAGAUUUUUAUAACAUUUUGUCUCAGUUUUAUUUGUAGUGUAUUUGUAGUUACAACGCAUUGUUCUACCAAGUUUAGGAAACUUAUCAGUAAUCAGUCCCUAAUAGAUUACCAUCAAAAAAUAUGGCAAAAGACGAUAAUAAAAUCCAGCAAUUCAUAAAUUGUAAAAUACUAAGGGACCACAAAAUAAUACAGGAGGACAUUUGGGUUCGAAAUGGAAAAAUCAUUGACCCCGAAAAAGUAUUUUAUGACGAGAAAGUAUCAUCCGAUUAUAAAAUCGACUGUGAAGGCAACAUUAUUGCACCUGGCUUUAUCGAACUACAAAUUAACGGGGGAUAUGGAUUCGAUUUCGCAUUUAAAGACAAUUCCCAAGAAGGAAUCGAUAUGGUAUCGAAAAAAAUCCUUCAACAUGGAGUUACAUCUUAUUGUCCAACCCUAGUAACAUCCCCUGUAGAAAUAUAUCAUGAGGUUCUGCCCAGGCUUUCUUACAGGAAAGGGGGUCCUGAGGGGGCUACAAUUUUAGGAGCUCACGUCGAGGGUCCUUUUAUUAGCAAAGACAAGAAAGGGGCUCACCCUGAAUAUUGUAUUCGAGAUUAUGAUGAUGGUAUAUCAGUAUUAGAAGAAGUGUAUGGUAGUUUAGAGAAUAUUAAAAUAAUUACACUGGCUCCGGAAUAUAAAAAUUCAUCGAGUGUUAUUAGGGAGUUAAGGAAAAGGAAUAUUACUGUGUCUCUAGGACAUUCUACUGCUGAUUUAUUAACAGGAGAGUCCGCUGUAGAAGAUGGAGCAAAUUUAAUGACACACCUUUUUAAUGCAAUGUUGCCAUUUCAUCACAGAGAUCCUGGUUUAGUAGGUUUGCUUGCUUCAGAUAAAAUAUCGGAAGAGAGAAACAUUUUUUUUGGUAUUAUAUCCGACGGUAUUCAUACACACCCGGCAGCUUUAAGGAUAGCAUACAGGGUGCACCCAAAAGGUCUGAUAAUAGUAACUGAUGCAAUAUCUGCUUUUGGACUGAAUGAGGGUGAACAUAAAAUUGGCCAAUUAGACGUGGAAAUUCGGGACAAUAAAGCCUUUGUUGCUGGAACUAAUACUCUUUGUGGCAGUAUCGCCUCCAUGAUAGAUUGCGUGAAGAAUUUUAUGAAAGCAACAGAUUGUUCCAUGGAGUACGCUUUGGAAGCAGCGAGUCUUCAUCCAGCUCAAGUCUUGGGUAUUGACGAUAAAAAAGGAACAUUAAAUUACGGUGCCGAUGCAGAUUUUGUAAUGUUAUCUGAAAAUUUAGAUAUAGUAUCUACGUGGAUAGCUGGAGAAUGCGUUUAUCAGGAGAAUUCCAAAUAAUCAUUCCCAUGUGUUUUAUAUUUUUAUUGAUUUUGACCUACAUACAGUGUACUCAUAGAAGUGUACUGGUAUACCAUAAAAUGGUCGAACAUAAAAUUAAUUGAUUUUUGGUACACUGUAUAUGUACAAAUGAAAGAAAGAGAGUUUUGAUACCGCGCUUGAUAUUUGAUGAGUCUAUCUUAAUUUCAAUUAUCUAGCUUUAAUUUAAAUGUUUUUAUGUAGUUUUAAAUGAAACAAUCGUAUUUAUUUGGUAAAUAAUAUAUUUUUAUAUUGUCUUGUUACAAAAAAAGUUGAGAAACAUAAAUUAAAUAGUUUGUAAAAUGUUAUAAUUGAUAAUAAAUAGUGUUAACAGAAAAAUAAA